GUCUCACCACCUCAUAGUUUCAGUACCAACUUUUUAUUGCUUUAGAAAUUUAAACAUAUCCUGGCUAGUUUCAAUAAUUCUCCAUAUCUUUCUGUUUUUCAGAAUUAUAGAUCUAUCUCAAAAGAUACAGAACCCAAUAAUAACCAGGCACGACAGGUCAACAACCACCAUGGACGACUACUCCCAUCUUCCUUCCCUUGUUAACCCCUCAACGGUGAUCGGUAUCUUGGUGGGUCUGCUGUUUCUCUAUUAUCUACUACGCAUACCAAAGGUUUACCGGAGAUCACCACCGGAAGCAGGCGGAGCAUGGCCCAUAAUCGGCCACCUGCCCCUGCUAGGAGGCUCGCAACCGCCUCACAUAACCUUAGGCCAAAUGGCUGAAAAGUAUGGCCCGAUCUUCACCAUACGGAUGGGAGUCCAUAAAACUAUUGUUGUAAGCGACUGGGAGAUUGCUAAAGAGUGUUUCACCACCAACGACAAAGUUUUCGCCAAUCGUUUGAAAGCCAUGGCCCCAGAACUGAUGGGUUACAACUACGCCAUGUUCGGGUUCAGCUCUUACGGCCCAUACUGGCGCCAAGUUCGCAAGAUAGUCACGCAAGAGUUACUCUCCAGCCACCGUCUCAUGAUGCUCGGUCACGUUAAAGAAUCAGAGAUCAAAUCCUCCGUGGAUGAUAUCAACAAGCUCUGUAUUAAGAACAAUUUGGGGGAAGUGAAGGUGGAGAUGAAGAAAUGGUUUGGGGACAUAGCUCUAAACACGGUGUUUAAAAUGGUUGUGGGGAAACGUUUCGUUGAUGGUGAAAAUCCCAACGAGAUCGAGAUGGGUAGUGGUGGUGAUGAAGGAAACAAUGGACGGUGUCGAAAGGCGAUAAGGGAUUUCUUCGACUUGACGGGGGCUUUCGUUUUGUCUGAUGCGAUUCCGUGGUUACGAUGGUUGGACUUGGGUGGAUACGAGAAAGCAAUGAAAAGAACAGCAAAGGAGCUUGAUCGAGUGAUGGAAGAAUGGCUGGAAGAGCAUAAGCGAAAGAAAGACGUUGAUUCUGAUAGAGACUUUAUGAGCGUGAUGCUCUCUGUUCUUGAUGGUGCUCAACAAUUCUCCAGUUAUGACGCUGAUACAAUUAACAAAGCUACAUGCGUGGCUUUUAUUUUAGGUAGCAGUGACACCACAGCAGCAAUGUUGACGUGGGCUUUAGCUUUACUUCUGAACAACCGAGAGGCCUUAAAGAAAGCCCAACAAGAAUUGAACGAGCAAAUUGGCACAGAAAGGCGAGUGAAAGAAUCAGACACAAAAAACUUGGUCUAUCUCCAAGCUAUUGUCAAAGAAACAUUACGUUUGUACCCGGGAUUUCCACUCCUAGUCCCCCACGAAUCUACUGAAGCCUGUACGCUUGGUGGCUACCACGUCUCGUCUGGGACGCGCCUCAUGGUCAAUGCCUCAAAGCUUCAGCGAGAUCCAAAGGUUUGGUCGGAGCCAUGCGAAUUUAGGCCAGAACGGUUUCUUACAACUCACCAAAACGUCGACGUUAAGGGUCAGAAUUUUGAACUGAUACCAUUCGGUAGUGGUAGAAGAAUGUGUCCUGGAGUAUCAUUUGCCGUUCAAAUAAUGCACCUUACUCUUGCUGCUUUACUUCAUGGCUUUGAAAUCAAAACGCCCUCAGACCAACCAGUUGACAUGACUGGGACUAUUGGACUCACCCAUCAUAAAUCCCUUCCACUUGAUGUCCUUCUUACCCCACGCAUUCCUACUCAUUUAGAAUAAGAGUGAUAUAUUUGUUGGAAAAAUUAUAUUUUAUAUAUAAUAAAUAGCCAAUUUAGGUUAAUGUGUGAAUAGAAAAUUGAUGCAUUAAAUGUGGUCCAUUGAUAGCUGCUAAUAAAUACAGAUUUGGUUAAGGAUGUAAUCGCCGUAAUAAUGGUGAAUAUUCUGAUUGAUAUCAGAAAUUAUGGUAAAGAUUGUGAUUGAUCAA